CACGAGCGAUGGUUUGGCGGUGUGACGCCAUUGCGACAGACGUCAUCGCCCCAUCAGAAUGCUGACAAAGCUAGGCUAUUCUGUACACUCGUGAUCUGUUUAGCUCUUUCUCAGAAUGGCGAGGAAGGCGACGGCUCCAAGGAAAUAGACACCGUGUUCAAGUCUUUAAUGGGGCUCUAUCCGUCCACUAGCGACUUAGCGCGGGAACUUCUGAAUAGUGACGAUCGCUUCCUAGCUACAGCCUCCGCACUUCUUGCUCUCAAAAAAAAAGAGGCUAUGGUACUUCUAGACUGGGUUGAUGGCGAUGAAUUGGGAUUCGAGGCGAUCUUAGCUGUUAUUCAGAGCAUGACAGAGGACCGGAAAAUGUGGGAAAAAGCUGUCGAUUCGGACGGCAGUGAAUCUCCGCCGGCUAAGCGACAACGUCUGUCAAGUAAUUGCGAUGCGGAGUUCCGUACGAUGUAUCUAGAGAAGAAGCCUGCCCCUUCAGAAGAUGAUAUAAUCGUGAAAGUUCGAGUUCCCUACUUGGAGGGCGUUGAGGACCAUCAUGAAGAAACUUUUACCUUCUCAAAAAAGCCUGUGAUUUCAACUUCUUACCGAUUGAUGCUACCUAAACCGGAUCGAAGUGAUUUUGCUGCGUUGGAAGAGAUGAUGGUGGAGUUGAAGUUGAUGCUGAAUAAGAGACUUUUGGAAUCUGAUGGCCUCAACAAAGACACUGAAAGACUUCGUGACGCUUUAACAGUGUUUCUUGGUGAAGAGGGUGAUGAUAUUAACGACGAAGAAUUGUACGGAGAACACUUGAAGGCUGUGCAAAUGGAACCCGAUGACAUUGAAGUACAAGUUCCGGAUUCAUAUAAUCGAGACGACUAUGCAGAAUUGUCCUUCCUAGUAGCUUUUUGGUUUCGUCUUCUCUUUGGGAUUGUUUACUCUACUCGUACUGGCAGCAGUAAUGGCACAGAUAUG